AUGUCUUAGAAGUAGAUUCAAAUGAAUUUGAAGUUCAUGAAAUAAUUUCUUAAGGAGGUUUUUCGAUUGUGCAUCGUGGAUAUUUUAGGGGUACAGAAGUAAUUACAUAUUUCUAAAUUAGAUUACAAUCAAAAAGAUAUUUAAUCCAAAUAUUACUCAAUAAUUAUUAGAUGAAAUUAACAAUAAAUUGA